AUGCUCACCAGUGUCGUCAACACCGUUUUCACGGCUACCCUGGCGCUGUCUGCCCUGGGAGCUGCUGCUCCUCAUCGCAGAGACAACGGCUCGACGCCAGGCCUCAGUCUGACAGCUCAAUUGCAGCUUGCCGAUACGUAUGUGAGCCCUUGUACUGUAGAGGCGUAUUCUGACAAGAAAAACAGUGCGAUCGACCGUUACCGCCUUCUUCCGGGCGACGAAGACUUUGUUUUCGACUUCAAGAAAACUCAGUCUUUUUUCGCUAACCGCCAGACCUUCCCUGCCCUGACUGGUCUGGGUGGCAGCAUGGCUAUUGCGGAAAUUCCUGCCUGCAGCAUGAGCUUCCUUCACACUCACCCGCGAGCCAGUGAGCUGUUCGCCGUGGUCUCCGGGCGCAUUCUCACCGAAAUGGUCACUGAAGCCGGGGUGUUCGGGCCCGACGGCAAGCCGCGAGUGAUUCGCGCCGAUCUUGGGCCUAGUCAGAUGACUGUUUUCCCUCAGGGCGCCUUCCAUACUCAGGUUAAUCCGGAGUGCAGUCCCGCCUCCGUUGCGGUCUCCUUUACCUCGGAGGAGGCAGGUGUGGGUCUCAUUGCAAGCCAAACCUUUGCCCUGAGCGACGAUGUCAUUGAGCGUUCCUUCGGAAACACCAUCGCCGGCGAAGACAUUGACAAGGUGCGAAAUGCUAUUCCCAAGGGAUUGGCUAUCAAGGUGGACGAGUGCUUGAAGAAGUGCGGCAUUCAGAAGCGUGCUGCUUAG